AUCCGCGAUUCGGCCAUCAGUUAUCCUCAGAAACCCUCAAUCCCCCUGAGGAUCCCGUCCACAAUCCUAUAACCCCAUCACCGCCUCUCCUGCGGCUCGAUUCUCCCCCUACCAUCACCACGAUGGCGUCCUCGUCGCGCGGGAACGAGCACCGCUCCGUCCACCAGGACUUUAUCGCUAGAAUUCGCUUCUCCAAUGCGCUACCUCCGCCGCCCAACCCGCCGAAGCUUCUCGAUAUCCCCAACACUGGCCUCGCCAGCGGCCAAUACACCACCCCGGGCUUCGCCUCGAGGCUCGCGAGGGAGCAGCCGCUCAACAUCGAGGCCGAUGCCGAGCUAGGCAUGCCGUUAGAUCUAGUAGGCAUGCCGGGCAUUUUCGAUGGGGAUGAGAGUUCUAUCCAAGCCCCUGCGCAACCGCCGCCGAUCCAUCCAAACGAUCGACUUCUUCUCCGAGGCCCCGGGAGCUCGGGCAAUCCCAAGCUGGCCGAGGCCAACGUGUCUUUCCUCCGCCGCACAGAGUACAUCUCUUCGACUACCACCAAGUCCCGCCACGACGCGGGCCCGCUGCGCAGCCUCAAUUCGGCCCCGAAGCGGACCCUGAAGAGAUCCUCACCUGAGCCGGACGUCGGCUCGCCCGCUCACAUCAAGCGGAAGAUAAACCAGAGCUUCGCCGCCACCGCCGCCAACCUGAAGGACAGGAGCAGGGUCAAGCACCCGUCCAAGCGAAACGUCAAGCUCGUCGACGCCUACCCCCUCGUGCCCGACCUCGAGGCCUUCCCCGACUCCGGCGCGUACGUGACCUUCAAAUUCACCCACAAUCCGCUACCCCCGAGCCGCGUGUACGACAAGCGCUUGCUCAGCGGCAUCCUGAAACCCAUCGGCAAGACCGAGGCCGAGGAGGCCGCCUACACGGUCGCCCUGCAGGCGCACGAGCGCGACCCCCAGAACGUGCCGAAGCCGCAGAACCUGCUGGACUACGACUUCUACCUGAGCGACACGGCGGACGGGGCGGAGCGGUUCCGGCAGAAGUUCGACGUGGAGAACCCGGACCACGACCAGGAGAGCCUGUACACGCACCGGGGCGGGUCGGGCAAGGGCAGCUUCCACUUCCCGCGGGUGCGGCCGUACGAGACGGCGCAGGAGUCGGAGCUGAACAACCAGACCAAGUACGACGAGGAGGUGGUGCUGGCGUUCAACGACGACGAGACGGUGGACCAGAAGGCGGCCUUCUUCUACCCGGUGAUGCAGCGGUCGGUGAUCAAGCCGCAGCGGACCAAGAACAUCGCCCGCACGAUAGGGAUCACGGGCCUGGACGAGGGCAGCGUGGUGGACCAGCUCGACGUCGCCGUCGAGGACCCGACCGACGACAUCCGCUCCUGGAUGACGCUGUACCGGAACCACCCGUACGGCAAGGACGACGAGGCCGGCGCCGGCGGGGGCGACGACGACGACGAGGAAGGGGAGGAGGAGGCGGCAGGAACCCAGCGCGGCGCCGCCAGCCACGCCAACGACCGGCCCUCGUCCCACGCGCAGCAGGUGUCGGACGAAGACGAGGACGAGGACGCCGAGGGCGACGAGGAAGAUUAAGGAGCGCAAUCAACCCUACUUUGGCAAGCAAAAAAAGGGGUAAGAGGCUUGGCAUAGCUGGUUUGGCAGCAGCUGUAGACACGACCACGAGGGGGCCGUUGGCCGCCGUACAUACUUUCCACACCCCGCGUCCUCUCCCGGGCUCCGUUCC